UUUGGCUUCAGUACCGUACAACGGGAAGAGGGCGGAGCAACGCUGCCAUUGGGUGGAGCUCGUUACCGUGGCAACACAGAAAUUACCGUAGCAACCACAGAAAUUCUCUACAGUGGACUCUGGCUGCACAAAGGCUGCGCAUUGGAACGAUGAUGAUGUCAUAAUCAGCAGAAUGACAUCAUAGUUUAAGGGAACCUUCUUUCUAGAAUCAGCAGUCAGGGGUAGUCAACACAUCCAGCACUUGAAUCAGAUUACUGGUGGAGGACACACGUGUUGUAUACCAUACACAGCUAUACGCUAACACUAUUACACUACACUAGAUUUUUGUUUUGACAGAAAGCAUAAAACAAAAUGAGUGGAAGACUCCUCUCACGUCUCAGAGCUCUGAGAACUGAGUAUGUCCCCAUCACAGAAGAAGAGACAAUCCCCAGGGAACCCAGCGAGGACUUAAACGAAGAAAAUGCGAUCCUGCAACAAACCGUGGACGAGCUCCGGAUUAAACUUGAGCAGUGUACCAGCAAGAAAAAAAGGACCCUCCAGUUAGAAAAUGAGAUGUACAGUGCCCAAGUCAAGUCCCUGAAUGAAGAAGUGGACACCAUGCGCAAUAGGAUGAGGGAAAUGACUGUAGAAAAUGAAACUCUUCACGCAGAAAAUAUAGUUCUUCACAGAAAUAAAAUAGAAACGACAGAGAGCAUGGCAGUGAGGAUGGAUGAGAACUCCACUCUUGAAGAAAAGAUGGAAAUGAUUGAAAGUAGAGUGACUGUAUUAGAAAGUGAUAAUGUGACCUUGAGGGAACAAAACAAUGCUCUGAAGUUUGAGGUUUCAGAGACCAAAGCAGCUCUGGAUGAGAACUCCACUCUUAAAGAACAGAUGGAAAUGAUUGAAAAUAGAGCGACUGUAUUAGAAAGUGAUAAUGUGACCUUGAGGGAACAAAACAAUGCUCUGAAGGCUGAGGUUUCAGAGACCAAAGCAGCUCUGGAUGAGAACUCCACUCUUAAAGAACAGAUGGAAAUGAUUGAAAAUAGAGCGACUGUAUUAGAAAGUGAUAAUGUGACCUUGAGGGAACAAAACAAUGCUCUGAAGGCUGAGGUUUCAGAGACCAAAGCAGCUCUGGAUGAGAACUCCACUCUUAAAGAACAGAUGGAAAUGAUUGAAAAUAGAGCGACUGUAUUAGAAAGUGAUAAUGUGACCUUGAGGGAACAAAACAAUGCUCUGAAGUUUGAGGUUUCAGAGACCAAAGCAGCUCUGGAUGAGAACUCCACUCUUAAAGAACAGAUGGAAAUGAUUGAAAGUAGAGCGACUGUAUUAGAAAGUGAUAAUGUGACCUUGAGGGAACAAAACAAUGCUCUUGAGGCUGAGGUUUCACAGACCAAAGCAGCUCUGCAGGAACAAGUGAAGACUGCUGAAGCUCUGGAGCAGAGGGACGGCUUGAUGAAGCAGGAGAACCAGUCUCUAAACCAACAGUGCAGACUCCUCCACCAAGAACUUCAGGAGACCAAGGAGCUGGCCUGUAAUGCUCAAAGGGCCGCCAGAGAAAACGAGAUGGAAACAAUUGAGGGCCUGAAGCAAGAACUUCAGGAGGUCAGGACAAAAUUUUACGAUAGAUAUGAUGAUCUUCAUGUCCAGUCUCUGGUGGUCAAUUGUAUUUUGGAUGAUUUAAACACCUGUCAGAGCAGAUGUGAUACACUGAAACAAGAGAAAGAGUCUUUGAGUCAUCAAAAUCAGGCCCUACAAGAACAACUUGAGACUGUCAGAAAGGGUAAGCAAGAGCUCAGGGAAAGUGACAGCAUAUUGUUGAGACAGCAGAAAGACGCCCUGGAACUAGAACUUCAGGAGACUCAAAAAAGGCUGGUUGAUGGCGAGGAGGCCAUGAGGCAAGAAAACAAGGCUCUUCAAGACCUGGUUCAGGAGUUCAAGACUAUUGCUGAAGAACUCAAAGUCUUUCAGGGCACCCAAGAAAAUCAACAAACUCAACAAAUCCACGCCCUGCAGAGAAAAGUUCAAGAGGUCCAGGGAGGACUGAGGGAGGACGAUCUGUCUGAGAGGGCACAGAUUCUUCAGAUUCAUCUAGAGUUAAAAAAUAAAGAGGCCCUCCAGAGAGAUGCUCUGCCUCUUGUAAAGGAUCCUGGGGAGACUGCCGCCGAAUUCAAGACUGUGGCUGACCAGAUGAAUGCAGACGUCACCAGACCUCACAGGAAUUUUUUUACUCGCUGGUUCUACUAACUCCUUGCCACAACCUUUCACUCCACCCCCAUCGUUGUGUUUAAAAAAGAUCAGUUCACCAUUGAAACAGUGGUUAGCACUGUGCUGAAUAUAUUCUCACCGUGCAGUGUGGGUUCCCUCCAGGUGCUCUGGCUUCCUCCCACAGUUGAAAGACAUUCUUGUUAGCUUUUAUUGUCCCUGUAUAUAAUCUGUAUGUGAAUGUGUGUGGUUAGUUUUUAACAAGACUAACCCCAUGUAAAUUAUGUAUCUGUUCAUCCAUUAAAAAAAGAUAUUGCACUGUA